UGGAAGUUGGGGCAUCCCACCCUCCUCCCAUUAUUCAACAACUCCACAAAUAAAAGUAUCUACUUUUCUCCUUCACCACCGCCACAACCUCCCUCUGCAAUUCCAUCUGCAAUUCCAUGGACGAUUUCAGAUCCAAAUCAUACAGGGAUGGAGGGAUGCAGAUGGAGAGUUACCAUGGAAGAGGAGGCCCUACCAGCAUGCAAGACUUGAGGUGUUACAGUGCUAGCUAUGCCACCAACUCUGUUCAUGUCCAACCCAGUCAACUCGGCAAAGAGAUUAAGAUCAAGAAAACCAAAAGCUCUCUUUCUUCUUCUUCAAAAAGCUGGGGAUUUAAUGACCCUGAGUUGCAGAGGAAGAAAAGGGUUGCUAGCUACAAGGUCUACGCAGUUGAAGGCAAGAUGAAAGGGUCUUUAAGGAAGAGCUUCAGGUGGAUCAAGGACACCUACACCCAAGUCCUCUAUGGCUGGAAGUGAUGCUCAGAACAAAUUGGGAUCUGGGAAUUUUUCCCUUAGCCCAUAGUUCUUGAAUAUGAAAGAUUUGUGAUUCUUAUAUACAGCUAUUGAAUCAUAUAUGUGUGCUUAUCUGGUAAUAAAAUGUGGAAAUCUAUGCUUAUUGGUUGAGUUUCUGAA